AUCAUUUAGUCGCUCGACAAAGCUUCGACUAAUUAGAACGCCUUAUUCACAUUUCUGUCGCUUUCGAUGCAUUUGAAUAUUAAAAACAACAACAACAACAACAGCAAACAAAGCAGCAGCAAAAUCAAAAUUAAAGCACAACAACAAAAACAAGCCAAUGCUUAUAAAGCAUACAAGAGUGUGUGUAUGAGUGUGUGUGUGUGUGCGUACGUACAUGCAUAUAGUUGUGAAUGAAAAUUAAAAUUAAUUAAAACUUAGAAGAGGCAGAAAGAAGCCCCACCAUUAAUUGAAUUUAGUACUAUAAGCUGUCAUAAACAGCACAGAGCCUACAUCAUUUUGCGGAAUUUUAGAUGGCAUGCAAAACAUAAUUCACAAUACGUAAAUAAAACAAUUUGUUAUAAUAAAGAUUUGUAGCGUAUCGUAUUGUCGCGUGUGUGGCUGUGUGCGGAUAAGUGUUAUAAAUAAAACGCGAGUCGCUCAACAAUUUUCAAUUUUCCACAUUUCCAAUGUCAAGUUCAUAAAAACUUUUGUCUAUCGAGAGAAAACAGCAAAAAAAAAAGAAACGACGCCAAUUACUGAAAAGAACCAAUUUUGUUUGCAACUACCGGCAACACGCCAACAACAAUGGUCUAUGAAUCGUCUUAUGAAAGCGGAAGGCAGCCGUUUGUGCCGGACAAAAAACGUGGCCGUUGGUCAAAUCCUAAUGACUUCAUUUAUGCCGGCUUGAGUUUGGCAUUUCGUGUUGACAUCUUCUCUAUGACAUGGUUUUUAUCAAUGGAAUCUGGAGUGGUUUCUUUCCUGCCCAUAUACCUCAUAAGUUUGGCUGCCUAUACCAUUCCGUUCAUUGUAAUACAGUCAUUCAUGGGUCAAUUUUCCAGUAGUGGGUUUAUUUCAGCAUUUCGAUUAUCGCCAUUAUUUAAAGGCAUUGGAUAUGUGACAUUGGUCAUGAACAUUUGUGUGCUCAGCUACUACAGUAUCUUUGCCACGGUGCCUUUGAUGUACAUGUUUGCCUCCAUGAAACCCACCUUACCUUGGAGCUGUGAGGGUUUCAAGAGUUGGGCACAAAACUUAACGGAAGAUCAAGAGAUCAAUUUGUGCAAUAUGAAGUUUGGAAAUCUUACAGAACCUCACGAGGGCAGUGGCAGUGGAAGCAAUGAAACAUUUAGUGAUGACACAUUUGUCAAUCAUCACAUUCCAUCGGUAUUGUAUUUCCACUCUCUAUUCCAUGACUUAAAUUUGUUCAAUUAUGAUGAUGUAGAAUUCUCCAUGUCCUGGCAGCUUAUUGUUUGCGCUCUCCUUGUAUGGACCAUAGUUGCUGUUGUUGUCUACAAAUUAUUUAAAACUGAAACGUUUGGCGCCUUAAUCCGCUACUGUGUUUGGACUACCCUGGGUCUUUUGGGGUUCCUAUUAAUACGCUUUAGUUUUCUGCCGGGAGCGAAGGCAAUAUAUGGUCACCUUUUUGUACCUUCUUUAAAGGAUAUUGCAAUGGGUUUUGCGGCGAUUCCCAUCUAUGGAGUAUCGCCAUUCGGUCCCGGUUGGGGCCUUUUUAUAACUCUCUCCAGCUACAAUCAGUUCAAGACGAAUAUCAUAAAAUCGAGCUGGUUAAUAGGACUGGGACAAUUUUUUCUAAUUUUGGGCUUGGAUUUACUAAUGAAUUUCACCGAAAUCUAUUUAAGAGGUAUUACAGACAAUAAUUAUUAUUCGCAAGUGGAAAAUAUUUGGACGUUAUACCUAUCCACUGGCAGUGUAAUGGUGGAUAUGCCAUGGCCAAAUUUAUGGUCGAUAUUAUUAUAUCUGAUGCUUUUUCUGGGAGCCAUGAUUUUGAUUCUUAUUCAGUUGCAUUCCAUCCUAACUGCAAUUUAUGAUGAGUUUGCCAGUUUACGAGAAAAGAAACUAGAGGUUUCCAUGAUCCUGGUUGGCGUGAUAGCUGCAGCGUCUCUAUAUUUUGCCUCAAACCAUGGUAUUACCUAUUUUACUGCCCUCGCCGUUGAUACUUAUACCACACAAACUGCCAUAAACUUGCUUCUAAUAUUUGUCGUUCUUUGGGUGUAUGGCCGUGUACGUUUCCAGCGAGACAUAGAAUUUAUGAUAAAUCAAAGAUUAUCAACAUGGAGCAUUAAUAUUUUACGAUUUGUAGCACCAUUGGGCAUGCUUAUGGCAUUGCUAUUAGGCAUUUUUAUUGCUUUUUACGAGCAUAUGAUUUCAAAUGCCAUAUUUGCAGUCUUAGCCAUCAUUUUCAUUGUCCUCCCUUGGCUUUGUAUUCCGGGCUACGCUGUCCAUUUGAUGCUACAAAGUUUUGGAUCAUUUAAGACACGGUUUCAUCGUUGCUGCCAUCCAACAGAUUGGUAUCCCACCGAGACCGAGGACAGACAACGAUACGAAGAAGCAAUGGGCAAUAUGGAAAUUACACAUCAAUUACAUGAAGUAGGCGAAGAAAUGCUAUGAGCUUUUUUGAAUGGAUUAUUAUUAAAAUGCAUGAAUUCAAAUUGUGAUAAAACAAACACUUUAAAUGAGAUUAAAAUUUAUAUUAAAAUAAAUAUUGUAAAAAUGCGAA